AAGACUGUGGCAGCCUCCCGUACUUCAACUUCUCCACGCUGAGCCUCUUCCUCUCCUGCUUCCUCCACACUGUCACUCUGUACCCAAUUGUUUGAGCUGCUCUGGUUGGAUUUUUAGGGUCUUGGUACUGCAACUGCAGCCUCUCAGGAUGCCCUUUCCUUACUUUGACAACAUCAGCACCGACUUCACCGGUGUAUGGGCGAGCCCCCGAAAGCGAAAGGCCCCACCACCCAGGCAAGACCUCUUAAAAUCGCCUCCUUCGAAGCGCAAGUCAAGCGCGCCAUCAUGCCCUCACUCCGUGACUAUUGUCCGAGCCACCAGGCAGCUGUCGGUAGAGAAGGCGCAGUGUUCAAUCUGUCUCGAAGAGUACCUUAGCACCCCAGACGGCCGGGAAAAUGUGAUACCGGUCAAGAUUGGGUGUUCUCAUAUCUUCUGCAGAGAAUGCAUUGAGACGCACCUCUCUUCGAGUGCGAAGUGUCCACUACCUUGGUGCGAUGCGCACCUUCCCUUACGACCAGAUACAUGCGAGCUAUGUGCAGCAUGGGAACGGGAGCAUGCUGCUACAGGGUCGCUUGUGGUGACAGUACGGGCCAUAGAGAUGCUCGGUAGUAUCAAGGAUGCCCUUCGGCAGCUCGCUCAAGACGACAACUUUUACGUACUACCAAAGCAAGCUGAGAAACGGCUCCUCGCGCACGUUCGCACGAUCCUGAAGCGAUACGAAUGGCAAUUCCAUACGGGCAUCGACCUUGCUGAGCUUCUCGAUCCUUUCUUGCUCGCCGUCAACAUCGAACAUGCGCGCCAUCACUAUGGCCCAGAGCUCAGCGCACCCAAACUCGAGAUUACCUACUUCCCACCCCGCGAACACGAUCCCGAUGACUACACACCUGGGGAAGAACCCUGGAUUGCGGCAUUCUUCAGGCAAUGGGCACUGGACUACGAGAGGGAGAACGGAGAGAUGAAGGAGGGCUGGGGCGUCUGGUCUAUGAAGGCAGAUGAUGAGGCAAGUUGGGAAUGGCCGUAUAAGCGGAUACAAGCACACAAGACUGGUGAGAAUGGGCAUAUUGAAUACCUUGUCAAAUGGGUAGGGCAACGCCACUUGGCGUCUUGGGUCAAGAAUGAGCAGUUGGCUGCUGAGGCCCGCGACAUAUACGACAAGGCGCAUGGGGUAUCUCAUCGCUCGGAGGAGAAUCAUGGUUGCGAUUGAAUUUUACCUUUCAGUAACUUGGCAUGGCGAUGAUUUAGCGGGAAGCGUUUGACAUCUCUGCUGAACAUUCUGUACUUUAUCACUUCCAAUACUCUAACUAUCAUAUUGAUCAAGCUUGGGCAUGACGGAAAUGAUGUCACACUAUACGCCUACAAACGAGC